AUGGUCGAUUCAAUACAACGCAUCACAUCAGUAUUGCAAUCUGCAAGAGAUCUUACAUUCGGAGCAGCGGCAGUUGCCUCUUCCAGGAUCGGUGAAUCGUCAUAUACACAAUACUCUAAAUCUAUUGAUCCAGAAGCGUUGACUCGUCUUUUAAGUUCCAGGAACUCGCGUGAAGUUAAAGAUGCAAUGAAAAGAGUUAUGUCUUUGAUGGCAACGAACGAUCCAACGGUUGAUUUGAAAUCUAUGUUUGCCGACAUUUUGAAGAAUAUCAGUUCGGAAGAUGUUAAAGUUAAGCGUAUGGUGUGUAUAUACUUAUUACGUUUCGCUGAAUCCGAUCCGAAUGUAGCUUUGUUGUCCGUUAAUACCAUUCAGAAGAAUUUACAGGAUAGAGAUCCCGAGGCGAAAGCUCUUGCUUUGAAAGCUUUAUCAGAUAUCAAUGUUGCAUCUUUAUAUCCUAUAACGUUACAAUCGGUGAAGAAAUGUGUUUCAGAUGCAAGCCCAUUAGUUCGUGCCACUUCUGCUAUGACUCUAUUCAAGCUAUUCCAGGAUUCUAAGAGCCAUGACGAAGAAGACGACGUAAGGAGACACGAUCUGGUGCCAUUGUUACAAGAACUUUUAGCUGAUCCUGAUCCAUUGGUGAUAUCUUGUACUUUGGUGGUCUUGCAGAAUUGCCUGCCCGAUAGAUUGGAUCUUUUACACGGUCAUUUCCGCAGAUAUUGUGCCGUGUUACCUUCUUUGUCGCACUGGGCUCAAUCCUUAUUGGUUGAAAUGUUCAUUCGGUAUUCUAAACACUUUAUCAAGAGACCAGUGUUUGUUAAUAGGGAAGAUCGAAGUGAGACUCCGUUGCCGGAAACUCCUGAAUUGGUCGACUCGUGGUUUCUAGAAGCAAAUGACCUUAUUAUCGAUCCAGACCUCGACCUAUUCUUAACUUCUUUGAAACCCUUGUUAUUUUCAUCUAAUGCAUCUGUGAUUAUCAGCGUGUCAAGAGCACUUUUCAUGUUGGCUCCGUUAUCCAAAUUUAGAGAGUUUGGUAUGCCACACUGUCUAGUCAAGGCACUUCAGCUAAGUUCCACUGAAAACCGCUGUAUUAUAGUACAGAUGAUUGCUUAUUAUGCAUCAAUUGACCCAGAAGCAUUUGCUUCAUUAUACAGGAGUUUCCUACCGACAGCAGAUGAUGACCCUAUCGUUGGAUCAUACAAACUAACUAUAAUAUCCCUUUUAAUUACAGAUAAGAACGUCAAGGAUAUCAUACACGAAUUGAAGUACUAUAUCACAACGUAUCGUGAUCCUGCUAUUGUCAAGAAAGCACUAAGUACUUUGGUUGUGUGUGCUCAUAACUCCAAUGCAUUUUCAGCUCACAUCAUGAAAUGGCUACUCAGUUUCAUGGAGAAUGAUAAUUUGACCGACAGCGAGGUUACCAGUGAGUAUGUCAAUGUGAUACGCCAUUUAAUUCAAAUUAAUCCCUCGAAGAACUUAUCAGUUAUGCUCAAAUUAUCACAAAUCAUCACAGAAACAGAUAAUUUAUCAGCUUAUGCAAAAGCUGGCAUCAUAUGGCUCUUUGGUGAAUACAUACAUGUCGAACCAAGGAUAGUUCCUGAUGUAUUGAGAAAAUUAAUUCCUAAAUUUGCUGAUGAGUCCACGGAAGCAAGACUACAGAUAUUGAUUUUGGCUGCCAAACUUCUUUCAUUUGAUAUCGAUAGAUGUGAGUCAGAUUAUGAUUUUGAGCAAUCAAGGAUAGCCCACUUAUAUGAUGCUGUUAUGUACCUCGCAAAGUUUGAUGACGAUUUUGAUAUAAGAGAUAAAGUUAGGUCCUUGAGUUCAUUGUUCUCACACGAAAGGUUUGAAAUACUGACCUUGUUAUUGCAAGCUGCAAAACCAUGGCCAGCUUUGUCACUAUUCACUUACGGAGAUAAAGCAAGUGACCUUGCACACCUUGAGCUUUCCCCAGAAGUAUUGAAUUCAUUAAAGGUUCCCCAGUGGUCAACCGAAGUACCUGAGGUGGACAGAACGCCUGUUGAAACUAACAAUUUCAUGAAGAAUAAAUCUAGCAUUUCAUCUAAUACUUUCUUCGCUAGUAGGACUAGGGCUAAUUACCAGCAACCUAAGGCCUCCUCGCCAAUAUCCAGCAAAUCAUCAAGUCCAGAGCCAAAAACUUUCACAUCCUCAAAAGGGAAAACUUACAAACUACAAAGUUUGGAUGAAUUCUUUGCAGAUAUCCCAGAGAAACCGAAGAAAACGAAGAUCGUUAUAGAGGAAGAAUCAGAAACGGAAUCUGAUGUUGCCCAAUUAGAAGAAUCAAGCAGCGAUGAAAGUGAUGAUACCGAUGAUAUUGAAGAAGGUGAGGAAGACGACAGGAGUUCUACUUCUUCCGAUCCUUGA